UAGAUAUACCCUUAUUUCCUAGCCGAGGACAAGACUCCAAGGAAAACCGUAAUAACUCCCAUCCUAUAUGUCGAACCCAUAGUGUCAUCCGCAGCUAUUCUUAAAGUUUUGCUAUUAUACCACUGUAUCUCAUAUACGAAGGAUAUAGUGCGUAGACACAGUCGAUAAAAGCCGCUAUACUCAAUCAAAACUUGCAUACUGCUUCAGUCAUGGGUUCCAACGACGUUCCAACUGUCAUAAACCCGUUACAUCCCUCAAUAAUCGACAAGGUCGAUCCGGUCUUUGCCGAGAUCUACAAUCGCUAUCAAGCACCCCAAUUGCGAGCAGACCAAGUCCCGUACGAGGUAUAUAAUAAAGACAGGCCCAAGUAUACCUUUCCGACUGCCAAGGUCAGCGCAGAGGCACCGAAAGUAGCCAGCAACACUAUCUAUAAGAUUCCAGUAUCGAACCCUCCUGGUGAGAUAGCUGUACAGGUGUACGUGCCCACGCCAGAUGCCAUUGCCAGUGGUGGGCUCGAGCAUGACGGAUUACUCCCAGCCCUUGUGAAUUUCCACGGUGGCGGUUUCGUCAUCGGAGGAUUGGACUCAGACGAGUCUCUGUGUCGAAAUCUCUGCCAAGGAGUUGGCAGCAUUAUAGUCAACGUAGACUAUCGCCUUGCCCCAGAAUAUCCACACCCAAUUUCUGCCACUGAUAGCUGGGAGGCGCUGAAGUGGACGUUCGCAAAUGCUGGGAGGUUGAAGAUAGACCCUGAACGCGUAGGAGUUAGUGGACUUUCUGCGGGAGGUUGUAUUGCAGCGGUACUUGCACUUUUGGCCCGGGAUGAACCGAGUGUGCCAAAUCUGGCCGUACAGUUGCUCAUUGUGCCCGUGAUUGACGCGAGAUAUAUUCCGACGCAAGGUUCAUGUGAUCCAGCGAAGACACCAUACAGGAGUUACAUUGAUUUCGAGUUCGCCCCCAUGCUCCCUCUUAACCGUCUUAUCUGGUUUUACAACCUGUGGUUGGGAACGGAUGAAAGCCGUGUAGAGAAGGCGAAUGAUUUCCGGGCCUCACCCAUUGUCGCAGAAUCGCACGCUGAUCUAGCACCGGCCAUUAUACGCUGUGCUGAGAUUGACCCCCUUGUCUCAGAGGGAAUUGCGUACCAUGAGAAACUGACGGCAGCCGGCACUCCUAGCAAACUGAAGAUAUAUAAGGGACAGGGGCAUCCCUUUGGUCAUUGGGACGGGGUGAAUCCAACUGCAAAGGAGUUUGUCAGCGAUUGUAUUAGUGAGUUGAAAGCUGCAUUUACUAAAAAAUAGACGCACCAUCUGUCUGUUACAUCAGAAUGAAAGAAAACAAUCAUUUUAAAGAACUGUAUAUGGUGUAAAAUAAAAAGUACUUGCCAAAAUAGUACGUUACGACCGCC